AUGCGCCAGGCCAUUUGUGUCCUAGGCAAGGCGGGCCCUGGCGUGUGCGCGGAGGCCUGCGCCUGUCAAGUGCCGCUAGUUGUUGAGCGGCACCACGUGAUGCCUCAAGAGCAGGCGGUGUUGCAGUGGCUCCAAGAGAGCUGCUGUGGCCUGGUGGUCGACUCUCUGGAGCAACUCCCGGCGGACUUGGCUGAGCAGGCAGCUGCCUGUCGUCAAGCCCUGACAAAGCUGCCGCCCAAUGACGCAGUCUUUGAGGUGGCCGACUUCUUGCAGCAGCUCAUGUCAGAGCCAGGCGAAGCCUCCGAAGGUGCACGGCUUCAGGGGACCAUCAAGGAGAUCGGCCAGGAGGGCGGCCUCAUCCUGUGCCCUUCCGUACCAGAGGAGCGGAAAGGAAAACAUCCUGAGGUGGUGAUCCAUGAUGUGACCAGCUUCUCCAAGAGUUGCUGGAACAUCCUUCUAAAGGAGGUGGUCUUCACUCCCAAGGAUCUGCCACUGGCGAUCCAGCAUAGGGUCAUGUCAGGAGACGCCACUCUGGCAAGGUCCUCGGUGCUCUUCACCCUGGCGCUAGCGCAGGGCGGCCGCCCCUUUGCCAAGGAGGUGAUGAUCAUCCCUGAGCCAGACACGAUCAUGGUGGGAGAGGUGGUUCAGUUCAAUCCCUCCGCAGGGUAUGGCUUUGUUAAGCCGGCCUCGGACUCAAUUUUCCAGCAGGACGUGUACUUCAACAUCAAGGACCUGUCACGGGCCUUGACCCCGGAAGAGCGCGCCACUGGGCUCAUUGGCCUGGCCUGCCGCUUCACUCUGCGCCUUACUCCGGACAACAGGCCGCAGGGCCGCAAGGUGGAGAUGAUCAGCGCCUUUUCGGGCCACGUGCCGACCGCCCCAGUGACCGUAACCAACACACGCUUCAGCUAUGAGCCGCCGCCUACAGCUCUUCAGCCAGGAGUGUGAAGCCCCAUCAGACCUAAGCCGCCGCAUGCGGACACGUCUCGGUCCGGAGAGCGGAGAGGAGAUCAAGCUGAAGUGCUCGAAGUGCUUCGCUGUGUGAAUUGUGCUGACGAAUCGUGAGUGAGCUCGCGCUGACUGUGCGAUGCCCUGUGAUGGCCCAGGUGGAAGAACUCGACGCCAUCCCAUUUUCGCGAGGGCGAGCGCGAAUGAGUUGUGAGUUGCGUGCAUCGAAUGCGUGGAGUGCAUCGAGUGCAUCGUGUUGUGCCAGGCAAAGUCUGUCCCGCGCUCCUCCGCGCAGGUCUUUGACCAAGAGUUGGACAGCAUAUUUGGGGACAUCUCGAAGGUACCUGGCCCAACGCUAUGUACUAACCGCGGGUUCGGUUUUUUUAGAGGCAGUGUAACCCUCGGCAAGUGUGCAUGAGCACCCAUGGUGUCCCCACACGUUUUGCGUCAGUGCCUUUGUGGUUUCAGGUUUGCGUGUUAUUUCAAACAGCCGAGAAGUUUCUAGGGCGGGUGUACUCUUGGUUUUCAUCACCGGCCAGGAUGUUGUUCCCCAUGACGUGGCUCCAUGAGAAAAAUGUUCUUUUCAAUAACCAGCUGUCUCCCCAAUUUGAUGGUUUCCUGAAAGGACGGAUCCCUGUGUUCAAAAUGGGGAAGAAGAACCUGAAGCGACCCUGGAAGAGAUGAAGCCCACGUCAAGCUCCUGAGGCCCGCAGCGUGGGUUCGAAACAGGGGUUCCUCAUCGGAAUCCUGAACACGCCUCACCUGUCCAAUCAUCACGGAAGGGCAACACGACAUGUUUCUCAAACUACGAGUCUGUCUUGCUUUCUGGGACCCCCCAAAAUGGUGGUG